AUAAUAAUAUUGAUGUUGAAAAUAUAAAAAUGGAUAUUGAUUCUAAAAAGAGAAAACUGGAUAUUGAUACUACUGAAAAUAUACAAAUAGAUAUUGAUUCAAAAAAGAUAAAACUGAAUGUUGAUUAUGGUGAUCUAAAUGUAUUUAUU